ACACCAUUUUGCCUAAGAAGCUUCGAGGAGAAAGAUGCCAGCUUUGUGAGAGUUUUCACUUAUCUGGAAACUUGUAAGCCUGUUUCACCCAAUGGGAAGCCUGCAUUUGUGAAGCCAAUAAUGGACAAUAGGAAGCACUUCUCAGUCUAUAACCUUGAUGAUGGUGAAGAAGAGGAUGAUGUUCUGGAGUAUUCAGCACACUCUACACUUACAGCAAGAAGCCUAGUAUUUAGUAAUACUGAGAAGGCAUUGGUUCCUACAAGAAUGGGUGGUACAGAUACAAGAAAUGAAGUAAAGAAUAGGAUGGAAAACAUUGGAGCUCACCUUAGCAGUGCUGUUGUUGAAAAGAAAAGGAGGAUGGAGUCAUAUAUUAAAGAUGUUGUCAAAGAUUGUGACAAGCAUAUCAAACAACAUUGGAAAGUUCAUCAAGAUGAAGUACGGGAGUUUAAAAUUGAAUAUACUGAGCAGAUUAUAACUCUGUUUCAGCAGUGGGAUUUUGAUAUGAAGAAUGUUGAAGACCUUGAAGAUAACCUAACUAGUGCCUUUUGUCAGCAACAGAAGACUUUUCCACAAACCACAUCACGGCAGGUCCACAGCCUGAAAGCACUUAAGCAGGCAAAUGACACGCUCUUAAAGGGUAUGGAGAACUUGGACAAAGACAAUAGCAGUGUACUUUCUAGUAUUCACAGUGAGUUUAAAAAGCAAAUGGCUUUCCUGGAAAGAAAAUUGACAGAUGGUUAAAUAUUGAUUUCUCACAACAUGGAAGAGAAGAGGCACCAAAAUACUCUGUUUUCUUUAACUAUAAAAAUUCUUCUGAUGAGUCUUGAGGAAAUCGUGAAGCCGAGCUGAUGUAAUUCAUGUUACCUCAGACACAUGCCUUUCCAGUUUCACUGUAGUUUAUUAUCAGUAAUCAGUAACAUUUAAAGUGUGGCACCCCUAUUCCUGUUGAGUUCUAAAUAAACAGCUGUUAA